AUGCUAACCGAUUUCCCUGCAGCACAGUCGACCGAGUCGCUCCAAUCCGACGACUCUGGAGAUGAUGUCUGGGAUAAGGCGGCACUGCUCAAGCUGUCCGACUCUGUGCGGGCAUCAAUCCGACACGAUGAGUCCCUGGGUCCGGAUGCAAGCAAGCUGAGUGCCUUUUUGGAAGCCAUCAUCCGGGAUGAAGAGCGCAAGCAUCCGACCAUGAACUUCGAAACUAUCGAAUAUGCACGCCUGGACAAGCUGCUAGAGGAACUUUUGCAUUUUUCCGGGCUGAUGAAGGCAGCAAGCCAUACCGUCGAGCUGCCUCUACGAUUCAGAGUUGACAUUGCGCACUCUAAGAAGUUGCGCGUCUUGUGGAGGCAUCGCUUCCGCGAGCAGUAUGUCAUGAUUGAUCAGCUACGAUGUGCAGUCAUGGUUAAAGGCGGACGGCUGAAAGAAGUUUCCUUCACUUCUGCUGUUGCCUAUGACUUGGGCAUGUGGCAGACGGCAGCCACGAGUAAUCUGGUGGGUGCCAUUGAGGGUAAUCAGGUCUUUGAGCCAGGACACUGGUGGCUCAACAUUGUCUGCGCUCAAAGAGAUGGCAUCGUUGGUGCCCCGCUCGAAAAAGCAACGAGUGGCCGUUACGGAAUUACAGCUUUGCCCCUGCUUACGGGUCGCGAGGAGCUGAUUUCACGUCGAGCACAUGUCAUCAAGUAUAUUCGCGAGGGAGGUCCAAUGGACAUGCACAUUCCCCUGAUUUCACAAGUCGGCCAGCAGAUUCGUGUUUUGAGGGGAUAUAGACUGAAGAGUGUGUUUGCACCACAGGCUGGUGUCAGAUACGACGGACUGUAUAUAAUUCGACAGUAUGGUACCAAAAUGAACGAGACGACAAGCAUUCACAGGCUGGAGCUGACCCUGGAAAGAGUGGCUCAUCAAAAGGCAAUGCAAGACUUGGAGAGAUUCCCAAAACCAUCUCAGCUUGAUGAUUGGAGAUUGUACGAAAAGCUUGAAGGAGACAAAAUCAAGCUGAUCGAGGGUGAUGCCAAGUUCUUCGAGUGGACUGUCCAACGGGAAACAGAAAAGCAGGACCGAGAAGACUAUAAACGCGACUGUGAAUUCCGAGCCUCAUUUUCAUAG